GGUAUUUUGUCGCGUGUAGCUAUUCGCGUUUUCUUUCCUUGGAUUGUUCACGCCCUCCAUGAACAUGCCCGAGAUAGGAGAGUUGACAUGACUCAUUUGCACAUACACCCGAAAAUCUAAUGCAUACAAUCGAGACCCCCGCCCAAUAAAUCCGCUGAAGUUAUAAUAUAAAUGCAGUAGAUGUCAUUGUGAAUAUUGUCAAUACAGCAUCACGUUCAAACACGGUCGAUUGGUACACCAUGCCCGACUUCUCCGAGAUUGAAAAAACGCUGGCCUCUGUGGAGGCUAGCUUUCAAGUCAUCCAAGUGCUUCGUGACUUACAUACGAAGGCCCUUUCUGAAGCCCCUUUUGUUAGCACAAAUGGGUCUACAUCCGACGCUUUAGAGAAGUUCGUGGCACUUGAUCCUGACAAGUGUGCGCUGGUAUACCUCCUUCUCCGAUCCACUGCGGCGCGAUUCGUCGUUGAAGCUGGAACGUCAUUCGGACUCAGUACCAUAUACCUUUCCCUGGCCGUUGGGCAAAAUGGUGGUGGCAAGGUCAUUGCGACAGAGAAUGAACCUACCAAAGCAUUGAAGGCUCGCGAGAACUGGAAAGCUGCCGGAAAUGAGAUCGAGAAAUGGAUCGAACUGAGAGAGGGGGACCUGCGAGAGACGCUUAAGACGGAUUUACCUGAUCAGGUCGACUUUCUAUUACUUGACAUUUGGACUCCCCUAGCUCUUCCAACUUUGAAGCUCGUUCAUCCGCGCCUAAAGAUUGGAGGAUUAGUGGUUGUUGACAACACCAUAGCAGCUGCGUCGGGAUAUAAAGAUUUGAUGUCCUAUUUUGACGACUCUGCCAACGGAUUCAAGGCGACAACCGCCCCUUAUUCAGGGGGUCUAUUUAUCGCAGUAUACCUUGGAAAGGGGGCUCCAUGAGAAUUCGAUCCCUAACUAGGUGGACAAUGGGUUAUCGGUACAGAACUGUAGGAGUCACCCGCGCCAUAGUUUCAAUAGUGCAACCUUUUGUUAUUUUAAUCGAACUUGUAAGAUUUUCUAAUU